AUGUCUGAAAGCACUGCUCCUGCUGGCAACGCCACCGACACCUCGCAAGAGGCUCUCAAGCUUGUCAUCUGCUGCUGGAAGAAUUUCGGCGCUGACAACAAGCGCUUCGAGCGGCUUCUGAAGACUUUCGACCUGAAGCCCUCGGACCUCACCACCAAAGGCAGCAACACCGCCACGGCCAUCCCCGCUGCCUCGCAGGAUCUGAGCACUGCUGCUGCUGCUCCUACCCCGCCAAGCGCAAGCGCGGCCACCAAGGCUGCUGGUAGUGCCACGGAGGGCAAGACCAAGCGCUCCAAGUCCAUCGCCGUCCCGGUGAAGGAGAACGACGAGGACCCGUUUGUCCAGCAAAAUGCUGGAAAGGAUGAGCCUGAAGAGGAAACCGAGGAGUGA